GCGGAAGAAUCACCCUUUCGGAGAGCCGCAACACGGUCCACGCGCCUGCUUAGGGGGUGAUGUGAUACCUUCACUACGUGCAGAGCAAGAUAGUUCCCAGCGGGUUUCACCGUUGGAUGCACAAUGAAGUUCGAGUCAGGGUAGGGUGUUAACACGGGACGGUGAUCCGCGCCGCUGCUCUGGAGACGACGCCACGACCCACACGGUGUGCUCACGCCUUGUCGUGGGAACUCACGGCUACCGAGCAGUUCUCGCGUGCUUCCCUCGAGCAAUACCAUGGCGGAUCAUGACGAGGAGGCGAUUGUACGAGAUCCAGGACGUGCAGCUACUUUGAAGUUUACUAUUGGUCUUUGCUUAUGCUACACACUAUGUGUAGCAUGCCUCCGAGGUUACAUUCGAUGGAGAAAUUAUAGUCUCGACGAUGUGGUCGUGCUGCUAUCGGGGGUAUUAGCACUUGGUUUCUUUGGUAUCGUUUUUGCAUCUACCUCUGCUGGACUUGGUCGCCCGAUGAUCGAGCUAGUCAAUAUCUCAUCGACUAUCGACAAACUCAACGACUACGCGAUGGCUGGUAACAUUCUUUGGAUCAUGUCACUAUGCGUCUCCAAAAUUGGCAUCAUCGCCAUGCUCUCGCGCACGACACAUACUGUAUUACACAGGAGAUUUCAGUACGGCGUAGGCGCCGUUAUCAUCGCUCAAUGUCUCAUAUCCGUUCUACUUCUGACCGUCGACUGCUCAGUUCACCGGGCGCUUGCGUGGGACAUCACUUCUGCAACUUCCGAAUGCUCCCAGAUUGAGCGACGAUGGAUUUCCCUAACAGCUCUGGACAUCAUGACGGAGGUACUUCUGCUCUUUCUGCCCAUUCAGUUGGUGUGGGAUCUGCGAAUGACUUUCCGAACCAAACUUAUAAUCAUAUCAGCAUUCUGGCUCCGGCUACCAACCCUCGUCUUCUCUACUCUUCGCCAAAACGAGAUACAUCAACUUACGACUACAUCGGAUGUCUCUCGCACCGCUGCUACAGUGGUCAUCUGGCAGGCUGUGGAACUAUCGUAUUCUCUAGCCGCCGCGACACUCGCUGCGCUCAAGCGGUUCGCGGAAUCUCUCGACACUGGUUUCGGCCACGGUGAGCUUAUGCGGGUUCAUGCGCCAUCACAAGGACACGAGUCUUCGGACCGCAAUACUACGUCGAGAAGAACCAAAGCUUCAAGCAACAAGGCAUCUCAGUCGGAUGAGCCUGAGAUAUCCAUGGACACGAUGUCAACUGACACGCCUGCUCUGCCGCCAUCUAGAUUCGAAUCUCGUGUUGCGCAGAUGAAGCUGAGGCCUGAAGCAUUCCGGAACACAGCGGUUAUCUCAUCACCAUCAAAAGAUAUACUUCCACAAGACAUACGAUCGGACGACACAAGCUCAAGAAACAACAACAUUCGACAAGAUGUGCGUUACUCAGUUCACUAUGAGCAAGGUACCACUCCGAGUAAAGAUGGUAGAUGAAGAACCGGCACACCUUCUUGUGGCGCCCUAUCGAUGCUAAAGAUCAGGCUGUGACGUUUUCACUUGCUUUUGCAUCAUGGCUUCAUGCAGUGAACUGUCGCCUGGCUUUAUCUAUUACUAGAGACUACCGCCUCUCGUGUCUCCCUACAAUUUCACAUGCUGAGCAUACCCUCUGUCCAUUGGAAGCGGCUCGAUUGCAAUCCGACAACGACGCGCACCAGUCUGUCUGCGACCUCAGCAACUCAAUGAAUAUC